AUGAGCUGAGCGUGUGUCCCAAAGGGAUUACCUCCAAGGUUUUCCGCUUCAACGUGUCCUCGGUGGAGAAGAAUGGAACCAAUUUAUUCCGAGCUGAAUUCCGAGUCUUGAGGGUGCCCAACCCCAACGCCAAACGCACGGAGCAGAGAAUCGAGCUCUUUCAGAUCCUGCGGCCUGAUGAGCACAUCGCCAAACAGCGCUACAUCAGUGGCAAAAACCUGCCCACUCGAGGCACGGCGGAGUGGCUGUCCUUCGAUGUCACUGACACAGUUCGGGAAUGGCUUCUCCACAGAGAGUCCAACCUGGGGCUAGAAAUCAGCAUUCAUUGUCCAUGUCAUACCUUCCAACCUAACGGAGACAUCUUGGAGAACAUUCAUGAGGUGAUGGAGAUCAAAUUCAAAGGUGUUGACAGUGAGGAAGAUUAUGGGCGUGGAGAUCUUGGGCGACUGAAGAAACAAAAAGAUCACCACAAUCCUCAUUUGAUUUUGAUGAUGAUUCCUCCACAUCGCCUUGACAGUCCAGGCCAGGGAGGCCAAAGGAAGAAACGGGCUCUUGAUACCAACUACUGCUUCAGAAAUUUGGAGGAGAACUGUUGUGUGCGUCCUCUCUACAUUGACUUCCGACAAGAUUUGGGCUGGAAGUGGGUCCACGAACCUAAGGGCUACUAUGCCAACUUCUGCUCAGGUCCUUGCCCAUACCUCCGAAGUGCAGACACAACUCAUAGCACGGUGCUGGGGCUGUAUAAUACGCUAAACCCUGAAGCAUCCGCUUCACCUUGUUGUGUGCCCCAAGACCUGGAGCCUCUGACCAUCCUGUACUAUGUUGGGAGGACCCCCAAAGUGGAGCAGCUAUCCAACAUGGUGGUAAAGUCCUGUAAGUGCAGCUGAAAUGCUGCCAGCUCUACCUGCGACCAAGAGAGAAGGAGAGAGAGAGAAAAAAAAAAUGAAACCCAACACAACUGUUACUGCGGAACUGCUCCUAGGGAAACACAAGAAGAACAGACUUCACCUAGAGAUCGGGAGACCACAACCGUCAGCCCUGGACCAAUUGCUGAGACAGAGGCUCCCUUUUGGAACAUUUUCUCUUUCUUGCUAGCUCUGACAAUGACUGUGGUGAAAAAAAAAGUGUGGGUUUGGCUAGGGGGAAAACCAGUCAGUGUCUCCAAAAUACUUGGAUUUUUUCUGUGAUGCUCUUUGUGAAUGGUAGGGAGAGAGAGGAAUUUGGCAAGUCAAGGAGAUUUGCUAUGUUACAAUUGAGGGAUAAUGUGGGGAAAGGGGGAGAAAGUGUAGAAAAUGUCUGAGAGGGAAUGACAUUUUUGAUCUGAAUUUAGGUUGGCUCGUUGCUGCUGCCUAUCUGUCCUUGGGAAUCUCUAUUUCAUUUUCUUGAAGCCACACAAGCCAAGCCUUUUCUUUCAUAUAGAUCACCAAGAAGGGAAAAUUCCCAGAACUGUACUCUUACUGCCUGGGAUCAGGGACAGAGUUGCUACUUUUGCAAACUGUCCCUUCUACAUACAUCACUUUGCAUCCUUGGGCCAAUAGAGGGAUAUUACCCAUCUAAGAGAAUCCCAGAGUAAACAGCUGAGCCCUGUGGGUAUGUUUGAGCUCAGGAGCAGAGGGCUGGCUGAUGCAUCAUAAUUAAGAACUAAUCCUCUCUGUUUGCCUUUUGGGCAGUUCCUCUCACUCUCUUCCUCAAUCCACCCCUCCUUGGAGUUUUUGUUAGACACCUUCCAGGUUAGAAUGGUCAUAUAGACCUCAGAUCCACGCAGCCAUGGGGUGCCAUGGGCUCCCCAUCCUAGCUCCCAAAGACCUUGUGUUCAUUGGUUGAUCCUGGAAGUAGGUACUGUGGCACAUGUGGUAUUUGGGGGAAAUCUCAUGUGUCUCUUAUGCAUUGAUUGACUUGGCCCUUGACUCACCUGGGCUGAGGUUUUUAAACACAAACACACACACACACACACACAAAUAUUACUCUCAAAACCUUUGUAUAAAUAAAUAUUUUGGGGGGAACUUGAAUCAUUUCAUCUUCUAGGAACCAGCUCAUGGAACAUUAAAUACUUUGUUCCUAGGUAUAAUCUUUAUGUAAUAGAGACCCUCUUAUCCCUAUUCCCACCUCUACCACUCAAAGUAAACUGGAACCUGGAACAGAGGAUCUUAAAACUCUAAUAACAUUGCUUUAGCAUGAAUGCACUGGGGUCAUACCGCCUCUGAAAUAGGCAUUCUGUAUUGUAAUGCCUGCUCCCAUGAUGGUGCUCCAAAGUAUAUACACUCUUACUACUAAUGAGGAAUUCUCUCAGAUACAGAGAAUGUCAGUUGGUCAGAAAUCUAUCCCCUAAUAGGGAAAGAUAGAUACAAACAUAUUCACCUAUAUAUGAACACUUGCAUAUAAGGAUAUGCUUCAAUGUAUUCAAUCACUAUUCCAACAUUUCCGCAAAGUCACCAGAAGAUCAAUUCAAAUGUCUACGACAGAUGGUCUAAGAAUGCAGUUAUUGUGGUAUCCUGAGUCCAGACUGGAAAUGACUAACCAGGAAUACCUUAAAAAAAAAAAAAGGUGCCUAUUGACAGUGUUUCUAGAACUAGAGACAAAGGAAUGCUCAUUGCUUUAAAUCUCUAAGAUGAAGGCCUCUAGACUCCAGAGAAGCCUAGAAUUCUAUUUUGGCACUGACUCUCAAACGCCUACCAGGUUGUCAUCAAAGCAGAAGUGAGGGAGCCUUUGUCUCAUCCUGGAAGUGAUGUUCCUUGCAGCACUGAGAUCACCUUACCCAGUGGUAAAGCAAAAACAUAAACAUCAAAUGCUAACAUUUAUAAAUUCUCUUUUAA